CCGUACCUCAGCCACUCUCAGCAGCCUGCCUGCUUCCCUCCAGCUACCGUACCUCAGCCACUCCCAGCAGCCUGCCUGCUUCCCUCCAGCUACCGUACCUCUGUCACUCCCAGCAGCCUGCCUGCUUCCCUCCAGCUACCGUACCUCAGUCACUCCCAGCAGCCUGCCUGCUUCCCUCCAGCUACUGUACCUCAGUCACUCCCAGCAGCCUGCCUGCUUCCCUCCAGCUACCGUACCUCAGUCACUCCCAGCAGCCUGCCUGCUUCCCUCCAGCUACCGUACCUCAGUCACUCCCAGCAGCCUGCCUGCUUCCCUCCAGCUACCGUACCUCAGUCACUCCCAGCAGCCUGCCUGCUUCCCUCCAGCUACCGUACCUCAGCCACUCUCAGCAGCCUGCCUGCUUCCCUCCAGCUACUGUUGCACUGCAACUCCCAGCAUCCCCCGCCAGUCAGGGAGAAGUUAGCAGCAGCCGUACGCUGAAAUACACUGCUACUAUACAUACGGUGUCUUUAUUUCCCAGCUAACGGCUCACCAGCUGCCGUACACCCAUACACAGACAAUUCUAUUUUAUUCCCAGUCCAUAUUCUCACACUAAAAAGGCAGAGGUACAAGGGAUUCUAUAGAUUCCCUGCUCAGCACCAAGUACACGGCUGCCAGGCGGGCACCCAAUGCUAUGUGAAGAGCCGGCACGUAGGGGUCCAGAGCUACUGCAGUCCUGGCUCCCUGCAACUGGGACUGAAUUAGAGAGCCUGUAUCUUAGACACCUUUAAGAUUGAGGCUGGGUGAUUUGCAUGCGAAGCCCCGCCCAGCGCUGAUGUCAGGAAGGGAGAGCGAGUGGGAUGCUGCUGGCAGGAGCAGAGCUGAGUUCAGACAGGAGGGUUAUAGCUGCUCAGCGCUUGUACAUAGGGAGCUCCGAGCGCUCUGCUCAGCCCAUCUCCAGUGACCUGUGCUCAGAGCCGCCACGGAUCUGCCUCUUGGGUCUUCUGAUCAGCGCAAGAGCAUCGCAGCCAAAUGUUCUUCCCUCCUCUCACUCGCCAAAGGAUAGAUGGCUCUCUGAGGGCUACCAGCCAAACUUGUUAUUAGACUUUGACACCUGCUCUGCGGCGUGGAAUUACCUUCCUGAGAGCCCACGUCCAGUCCAUGCUAGCGACUCCUCCAGAACUUUGGAUACACAUUUUAUUCAGCCAGCAGUCCCAGGAUCCAGCUGUGGACUGAAGAAAGGAGAUUUGGCAUCAAGGAUUUUUGCUUUAAACGCGUCAACUUCCAGUUGCUGGGACAGCCAUCCUUACUGUAGAUGAUGCUGCCGAUGAGCUGCUGCUGCCGUAGAGCUGCACGCCAGUCUCUGCCAUCCAGGAGCUGAAGGUGAGAUUGAGGCUGUUCGCCCGCAAUGGAAAUAUAGCAUCUGCAGUCUCCAAUAAAUUCGAUUUAUCAAGGUACUAUACUGAAAGACUCAAACAUUCUGGAGAUGGACUUACUGUCUGGAACAUACCUUUUGGCAGUUUUAAUAGCCUGUAUAGUAUUUGAGUCUGGUGCUCAGGAGAAGAAUUAUAUAGUACGGGAAGAACUGCCAGAAAACGUACUCAUUGGAAACUUACUAAAAGACCUCAACCUUACUUUAGACCCUGAUCUGUCAACCCCUCUUCAAUUCAAGCUGGUAUAUAAGACUGGUGAUGUUCCAUUAAUUCGUGUUGAAGAGAACACUGGUGAAAUCUUCACUACUUCAAAUCGAAUAGACCGGGAAAAACUUUGUUCUGGAAUUUUCACAGAAAACAAAUGCUUUUAUGAGGUGGAAGUGGCAGUUCUACCUGAUGAGGUCUUUAGAUUAGUUAAGAUCCGUUUCUUAAUUGAGGAUAUCAAUGAUAAUUCCCCUCUCUUCCCAUCGACAGUUAUCAAUAUCUCCAUUCCAGAGAACACUGCCGUCAAUUCCAGAUACUCUGUUCCAUCUGCCAUUGAUCCAGAUGUGGGUGUGAAUGGGAUUCAACAUUAUGAGCUCCUUAAGGGCCAAAAUGUGUUUGGACUUGAUGUCAUUGAAACACCAGAAGGGGACAAAUGGCCACAGCUUAUUGUGCAGCAGAGCUUGGACAGAGAGCAGAAAGACACUUACGUCAUGAAGAUCAAAGUUGAGGAUGGUGGAAAUCCGGCAAGAUCCAGUACAGCAAUUUUGCAAGUAACUGUUACUGAUGUCAAUGACAACCGGCCUGUAUUCAAGGAGAAAGACAUUGAGGUGAAUAUUCCAGAAGAUGCUGCAGUGGGAACCUCCGUGACACAACUCCAUGCUACAGAUGCUGAUCUGGGCUCUAAUGCAAAAAUUCAUUUUUACUUCGGGAAUCAGAUCACCAACCUUGCCAAAAGGCAUUUUGCUAUAGAUAAUAACACAGGAUUAAUUACUGUCAAAGAGCCCCUUGAUAGGGAGGAGUCUCCCUACCAUAAACUGACUGUGUUGGCAAGUGAUGGCAGUUCAACUCCAUCCAGAGCUACUGUAACCAUAAAUAUUACUGACAUAAAUGAUAACAUUCCAUCAAUCGAUACAAGGUACAUUAUAAAUCCAGUGAAUGGCACGGUGCAGCUAUCUGAAAAAGCUCCACUUAAUACAAAAAUAGCCCUAAUAACUGUAACUGACAAGGAUGCUGAUCUGAAUGGCAAAGUGACAUGUUUUACGGAUCACGAUGUUCCGUUCAGGUUAAAGCCAGUAUUUGACAAUCAAUUCUUGUUAGAGACAGCAGCGCCGCUAGAUUAUGAGAGUACUCGAGAAUAUGCAAUCAAAAUUGUCGCUUCAGACUCUGGGAAACCGCCACUAAAUCAGUCAGCAAUGCUCCUGAUUAAAAUAAAGGAUGAGAAUGACAAUGCUCCUGUUUUUACAUUACCAAUGAUUGGAUUGUCCUUUGUGGAAAACAAUCCUCCUGGAACAGAAUUGACCAAAAUCAGUGCUACUGAUGCAGACAGUGGGCGCAAUGCAGAGCUAAGCUACAUGCUGGGACCCAAUGCACCCACAAUUUUCAAUUUGGAUCGGAGGACAGGAAUUCUCACAGCGGUAAGGAAACUGGACAGGGAAAAGCAAGACAGAUACACAUUUACAGUAAUUGCAAAGGAUAACGGGAACCCUUCCUUACAGACCAAUACUACUGUCACCUUGUCUGUUCUUGACCAAAAUGACAACAGCCCCUCAUUCACUCAUAAUGAAUAUAACUUUUAUGUCCCUGAAAACCUUCCUAUGUAUGGCACGGUGGGACUCAUCACGGUGACCGAUGCCGACUCAGGGGAAAAUGCAGUUGUCACACUCUCUCUUGUUAAUGCCAGAGAUAAUUUUAUCAUCGAUCCUCUAACCGGUGUCAUCAGACCAAAUAUUACCUUUGAUAGAGAGCAACAAGGUUCAUACACUUUUCAAGUCAAAGCUUUAGAUAAAGGCAGCCCGCAAAAGUCCUCUACUGUAAAAGUAACCAUAUUUGUUGAAGAUGUCAAUGAUAACAAGCCAGUAUUUGUCAUCCCUUCAAAUAAUUAUUCAUAUGAUUUAGUGCAAACAUCAACAAGCCCAGGAUCUGUAGUGGCAAGGGUCUAUGCGAUUGACAAUGACACAGGCAUCAAUGCUGACCUGCGUUACAGCAUUAUAGGAGGAAACUCAAGAGGCUUGUUUGCAAUUGGGGAAAGAAGUGGGAAUAUUACCUUGAAAGAAAAGUUGCUUGCUGGGGACCAUGGCGUAUUAUACAAACUGGUUAUAAAAGUAAACGAUUCGGGAAAGCCGGAACCAUUUCACACGAUUGCUUUUGUGCAUUUAUUUGUAAAUGAAACAAUUACUAAUGGAUCUUACAUACAGGAGCUUGUGAGAAAAAGUAAGGAAACUGCUGUCGGUGAGGAUUUUAGAGACGGGGAAAUAACACCUCAGACCAAUGACUAUGUUAAGAUAAUCAUUGCUAUUAUUGCUGGCACAAUGACAGUAAUCCUUGUCAUUUUUGUCACUGCUCUGGUACGCUGUCGCCAGACUCCAAGGCACAAAGUGGUUCAAAAAAGUAAGCAGAGUGGAGAAUGGGUUUCUCCUAACCAAGAAAACAGACAGAUCAAGAAAAAGAAGAAGAAGAAGAAGCGUUCCCCUAAAAACCUGCUUCUUAAUUUUGUCACAAUUGAAGAAUCCAAGUCAGAGGACCCUGCACAUGAGCAUAUUAAUGGCACUUUGGACAUUCCUGUGGAGUUAGAAGAACAGACUAUGGGGAAGUAUAAUUGGGCCACCACACCAACUACUUUCAAGCCAGAUAGCCCAGAUUUAGCCAAGCACUACAAGUCUGCUUCACCGCAACCUACAUUCCAGAUUAAACCUGAGACACCCGUUCCUCCUAAGAAGCAUCAUGUCAUCCAAGAGCUGCCUCUUGAUAACACAUUUGUAGUUGGCUGUGACUCAUUGUCUAAGUGUUCCUCAAGCAGCUCGGACCCUUAUAGUGUCUCGGAAUGCAGCUGUCAAGGAGGCUUCAAGGCACCUGGUCCCAUUCACACAAGACAGCCCCUACGCUUUCACUGGAUUCUUGAUAAUGCAGCAUCAGUAAAUGUUGGGCAGCCUACAGCAGUGUCCUGAUCACUGUUUGCUGUCUUGCUCUGAGAACGUCACCGCAUCUGAGGUCAUGUACUGAGGUCGUUUGCGUACACAAUGAUGUUAAACCAGCAAACAUGGAAACAAGGAAACAGCACGAGAAAAAAAGCCCAUUCUUCUGUCUCUGAUUGCCGAAGAAUUUAAUCAUCUGACCUCCUGAAAGGUGUGGAAGUAGAGAUGAACCAUUCCAGCAUUCCUACUGAAAGGUAUCCAGGGCAAGACUCGUUUUUCCCAUGGACAAUAAUCUUUGUGUUAUAGUGUAGACAUGGAAACCAAGAAAUAUGGCAAAUGUUGCCCAUUGCUCAUUUUGAGGGAUGGAUAUAAAUUAAGUAGUUAAUUGUUUUCAGAUAACUCUUGUAAGAUCAUCAUAUGCUUCAUGAAUUUUUGCUUCUAUUUAUUUGUAUUUACUGUAUGUAAUAUCUGGUCAAUAUUGAAUUAGGGAGCAAUAAAACGCGCAUAAAUGUAUAGAAAAGAAUGUAAUGUUCUUUAUACUCUACAUUUUUAAUGAUAUGUUUAAUAUGAUGUAUAUUUAGUAUCAAUAUUAAUGUGUAUUACAUAAUAGAUUGCUAAUUUACUGGUGUUCCCUUGGAAAUACUAUACAAAGAAACUUUCUUUAUGGCAAAAAAGUACUACUGGCUUUGUAAUUUUCUUUUCUAACAUUUUUUUUUAUUUAUUUUUAUUUUUACUACCAAAAAAGAAUCAGCAUUGGUUUAAUAGCAACUGGAAACAUCUCUUUGGUAUGGUACACAUUAAAUACACAGACUUUGGCAUCCCCUAAAAUAAUAUUGCUAAAUAACACAAAGCAGAUCCAUUUGAAACGUUUUAGCCUUGGGCAGUUGAAUAUGAAUUGGGUAAUAAAAUUCUGUCAUCAGUUAUUUGACAGUAAAUAUUGUGUGGGUGUAUGUCACAUUUAGGAACUGUUGCUUCCCUGCCUAUCAAGACGUUCUCUGGUAAUAAGCAUUCAAAAACACAUUGUAUUCUACAGAUGAUUUCAACAAUUCAAGUUUAUUAUCCUUGGAUAAUAAAGAAGUAAACCUAAACAAUAUUCCUUAAGGCAAUGAAAAAUGCAGUUGUGGGAAAGCUUGCUUUAACUUUUCCAGGAGUCCCCUGCCUUUUACCACAAGUGUCUGGCACAGCCAGAGCAUUUCCCAUUCUUUUUAAAAAACAAGGAAGGCAAUUAUUUGCCAUUUGAACCAAGAACUGGGGUGGUCACUGAGCCAGGUGUGCCAUAGGCCUUAGGGCCAGUCAUGCAUGUAUCUAUAUUAAGCCUGUAAAAUUGCUCUUCCGUUUCUGCUCUGUGUUUGCAUUCAUGCAUAGGUACAUUCUAAACAUAUAGAAAAAAAACUGUCUAAAAUCUAGUACACAAUAAAAUGUUAACUGUUUUAUUGCUAUGA